AAGAGCUCCCUCGGGUCUGUGGCUGCGCUUAUGGGCUGCCUUAUGGCAGCCUUCUUUCUACUGCUCUGCACGGUGGAGAGCUGGCUGGGGGAAAGUUGUUGAGUGGUAACGGACCCUUCGGCUGGUGAGAGGAGGGUGUAGGAGUGAGUGCUGUUACAUAGUGUAGCUAUAAGCACGAAAACUAAGGCAUAUAGCAUCGGAGGCUUACCCAAAGAACAAAAUCAAAAACUGCUAUCCGUUGCGAGAUGGAAGAACCAGUGCUUGAUAAAUUGCCAUCUUUGUGCCAUACUCCAAAGGAUUCUGGGACAGCUGCUCCACAGGCAACUAGUUCAGGGAAACAGCCAAUGAGUGCAGCUCUGAGGGAGCGAUUGAGGAAAACGAGACGUUCAUUUAAUGCCAAUAUUACAGUGGCAAAGCGGCUCAAAAUAGACACUGAAGAAAAAGACUGUCCUGAUGCUGACAAAGGGUGUCUGCCAAAGACGGGUACAGAUUGUUCCACAUUACAGGAUGGUUCUGAAAAACUGGAAGGAAGUGGCACUGGACAUAUAUGUGUCAAAAGGCCCUUACAGGAGAGUGGUCUCUGUGGAUCCGCAGAGAAUUCUGAUGUGCUACAGACUGAUCUUAGUCAGCAGCAGUCCCUGGAAGAAAAAGUAAGGCUGCUGAAACAAGUGCAAGAGAAAGAAGAACUACUUCGAAGGCUCAAACUGGUUAAGAUGUAUCGAUCUAAGAACAACCUGUCUGAACUGCAGGCUCUGAUAGUGAAAUGGAGAAGCAGUACCCAGCUGAUGCUCUAUGAACUCCAGUCCGCCUUUUCUGCAGAUGGCAAGAAAGUGAGUCUCACUCAGCUGAUAGAUACUUUUGGAUUAGAAGACCAAUUAUUGCACUACAGCAGGGCAGAAGAAGAUUUUGUAGAUUCAUAAUCUACAGGUGCAAAAAGCUUUCAAUUACACACAUGCAAAAGCAGAAAAGACUGAAUGAAUUCUGAUCACAUCAGAAGUGUUGAUCAGACAGUGGACUUGAUGCUUUGAGGUUAUGAGGAUUUCUCGGGAGAUACUUGUAAAGCUGUGUACUUAAAUACAGUAGGCACUGUAAAAGGCAUUACCUAACAGAAAACACUGAACUCAUGCUGUUCUGGAAAUCCUGGCUUAACAACUUGAUCGGUGAAUUGUUAUUUAAUAAAAAUGCAAUGAAAUCAAGCCAUACUUGAA